AUGCAGGCGGCGCGGCUAGCAGUGAGGACGUGUCGCGCUCUCCCUCGGCUGCGCAGGGAGAUCGGAAAGGCAGGGAGUGAGAAGCGUCAGGAGCGUGGCACGGGAUGUUGGGAACACUCUGCUGGGGCGCCGAAUCUGCGCGGGCUCGCCACCACCCCCGCGGACGAGGGCGUGAGCCGCGCGGCGUUUGACACGCCGAGGCGGGAGCUCGCCGCUGGCGCCGACGUUCCCCCGGAUCCCCGAGCCUACGGCGUCGUCAUCCAGGCCUCCCCGGGCCUCUCGCCUUUGGGCCCGCCUCCCAGCCCCCCCUCCACUCCAAACGACUCCGCGGUAUCCUCAUCAUCACUAUGUUGGUUAUCUUUCCCUCCCUCGUCCUCCUGCCUGACCAGUGUUCCUGCACGCAUGCGCGGCAGGGCUUUUGUACACGUCUGCGGCGGCCGAUGGUGGUCUGCGAGGUCGUUUCGCACUGCACGUGGUGGCCUGCUGUACAGCGCAGCGCAGGCUUUUGUUUUUCAUUGGCCGGAUGUUCGCUCGCUGAUUCGACCUGGUGCGGACGGAGGGACGAGGGAUGAGCGGUCCCAGGGCAGUCAAGAGCCCAAGACAGCACAGAAGGUGAAUGGCGUGACUUACCGAGGUUUGCCCUGCGGUCAGUAG